UUAUUUAAGCUUUGGAGCAGCCUGUGUCUGACAGUAAACUCUGCCUUCAGACACAGAAACUUUGUCCGGAUUUUUGUGUUUGAGGCAAAACGUCUCUGCUCACUCUCCCUGGCUGCCAGACCAUCCUGGUAUGCAGAACAGUCUGUUGUUGACAGCAUCAGAUCCACAUAUUCCCGCCCUGCUUUCAUUGAGAGUUUUUUUUUUCUUUCACAAACACGAUUCUUUGAGUUUACUAUUCUUGUGAGUUUGGGGGCAAGAAAAAAGGAUCUAAAAGUAUAUUUCAAUGUUCUCUAAAGGCCCCCGGAAAAAACUCCUCUUCAGUGUGGUCUGUGCUCACAUUCUCUCUCUGGGUUUGAUGAGGCAGCAGUUUCUGGACUCAGAGUAAUUAUCUGAGUCUUUCUGCGGAGCAGUGCCAGAGGCUGCACUGCAUUUCUAUGCUACACUGAGACGAGUCAGAACGCAAGCUUGCCAGACUGAGCUCCACCUCUGCAGGAUUUAAGAGGAAGCGGCUCUAAAGGACACAAAAAGAAGAAAUGCUAACUGAGCUUGUUUUCGGAUUAAGUGCCUUGCUCAGUGGUCUCCAAACAGCGUCUUCUUCCAUAACCACUGGAUUUCCAUUGAGCAAGAGCAGCACAUGGUCAGCUACCAAAUGCGAAUUCUUCCCCCCUCCUCUUCCACCUCCGAUGUUUCUUCCGAUCAAUCGUAAAGCAGGACUGACGGUUGACAUGACUGAACACAUCACAGGAUCCAAGGGAGAAAAGGGCUGUAAAGGAACCAGGGGAAAACAGGGUCUGACGGGUGUGAAGGGUCAGUCAGGAGAAGCAGGAUUACAAGGAGCUCUUGGACCACCAGGACAAAAGGGAGAGAAGGGUGACCGGGGCUGGAGGGGGCUGUACGGCGACAUCGGGACUUCUGGCCUGAUAAAGGGAAGCAAAGGACUUGCUGGACUGAGGGGUGAUAAAGGCUUUAAAGGCAUUGGUGGCCUCAGUGGUGAGAAGGGCGAGUCUGGCCCCCCUGGUGAGCCAGGAGAGAAGGGCAAUCCUGGUCAGAAAGGAAAUACGGGGCAGAAGGGGGACAUGGGACCCAGAGGAGACAUGGGAGCAAGAGGAACCAUGGGAUUGAAGGGUUCUUAUGGACCCACAGGAUUGCAAGGUAAUCGCGGUUCAGCAGGACCAGCAGGUUUAGCUGGAGGGCCUGGUCUUCCUGGACAAGUGUACAUCCUGCCAGGCCUGCAGGGAGACCCGGGAAGCCAGGGAACGUCAGCGGACACCUGCAGCUGCGCGCGGGUUCAACCCCCUCAGAGGCCACAGGAUGAAGCCCUGAAGAUCUUCAUUGCAGACGGAGAGAGGGACAUGAGGAGGCUGCGGGUGGAGAACACGCUGGUGCUGCGCACUGACAGAAGAGCGCUGUACCUGUUCGCCGAGUCCCAGUGGAUCGACGUACUGGAGCGCCGAAGGAACUGACUGCAGUCUGAAGGACCCAGAUGCCCCAUAAGGCCCAUCUCCAACGUCACACUGGGCAACAGGAACCAGCUGUUUUCUCAGAUUUCAUGCAGACAAAAUAAAAGUUUGGCUUCCCCCCCCAAAAAAAACUGGCAAACAAGUGUGGCACCAAAGAACACACAUACUUGAAACACAAUUUCAGUAAAAAAUUAAAGUCAUUUCUCUGCUCA